AUGGCACGGACGCACAGAAAGACCAUGAAAAGACAGAUCGCCCAUCAAUCGUCGAUGCUCGCCCCUUCGUCGCCGCGUAUCCGAUGCAGCCAUCCCCGAACGCGCCGCAACAGUCCCUUGCAGCAAGCUACAGGACCACGGAAGAUCGACAUACAUAUUACGCGCAUGAUCUUUCGGGAAAGAGAAGUGACGGGACUGGACAAAAAGAAACAGGCACGGGAUCGCGCGAUGCGUCUGAAAAACCGCAAGGAUAUGGGCGGCGAGGGCUCAACACCUCUCGGAAAAGUCAUCUAUGGGCGAUGUUACGGCCCCGGCGCGCCAUCAACCGAAGUACGUACUUCGAAGCCUAAAGUCAGUCGAUUGCAGGUCGGCACCAGCCACCGGAACGGCAUGUCGCUAGCUUGA